AUGGAAGCACGUUUAUUAAUUACAUUAACAUGGCUUAAACACGCUCCUGGAUUCGAAGAAUUGGCCGAUAAAUUCGGUAUCAAAAAGACACACACAAGGCAAAUUAUCAUUGAUGUGAUCGAUGCAAUUGGUUCUAAAAUCGGCCGAGAAUAUGUGAAAUGGCGAUCAUUUAUUAAAUGGGAUGAUCGCGAAAAAUCAAAAGAAUAUCCUUAUAUGUUGGGAGCACUUGAUGCCACAGUUCAAGAGAUACCCAGAAGUGCCAAUCAAGAAAAAUAUUAUUCAGGCAAACAUAAAAUAUGCUGCAUCAAAACUCAGUGCUUUGUAAGCCCAAAAGGAUUUCUUUUACAUUAUUCCAAACCAAUCAGAGGAAAGAGACAUGAUUUUCAUUUGUUUAGGAAAUCCAACACAUUGAUAAGCAAAUUAAAAGCAGAAGCAGAUAAGAUGAAAGCAGAAAUCGAUCAAAUACCAGUCCUUUUGGCAGACUCUGGCUAUCAAGGAAUUCAUCAAAUUAUUCCAUGGGCAUUAAUUCCAUACAAGCGCAGAAAAAAUAGCGAAUUAACUGCUGAGCAGAAGACAUUCAAUAAAAAAUUGUCAAGCAGCAGAAUAAUUGUGGAAAAUUACUUCUCCAGACUCAAACAAUAUUGGAGAGUAAUUGGAGGAAAGUGGCCCUUACAUGUUGAUAAUGAUCUCACUUUUUAUCACAAAACAUUUGGCAUGUGCGCUGGCUUGACAAACAAACUCUUGUACAGGAGGCCACUUCGUAAAGGCGCAGAAAAAUGGGAUUUCCUUGACUUAGACAGCAUGGAUGAAACAACAGAUGCAUAUAAUUACACAGAUUCAGCUUCAGAGAGUGAUAGCGCCAACUUAUAUUGA